AUGGGCAGCUCAGACCACGAGGUCAUCCUCACCUACUUCGUCCCAGUGCACAAAAAGGGCAGCAGGUCUGAAGCCAAAAAUAACCGCUCCAUCUGUUUGUUGUUUGUGGGUAGCAAAGUGCUGGAGGAGAUAAUAGCUGAGCGCCUCACCUCCCAACUCGAUAGCCAGCACCUCCUCAGCCCCAGACAGUUUGGCUUUAGGAUGGGACGCUCAGCGGCGGACCUCAACCUCCUGCUGACCAACGACUGGAGCAACGCCUUGGACCAGGGAAGACGCACAGCCAUCCUAGCACUAAACAUCGCUGGGGCGUUUGACCGUGUGGCACGCAAUCGGCGUGAGUGGAGACUUGCUGGAGCUGCUGAAGGACUACCUGGCUGA